UUGAUGAUGCCCCAAAACCGAGCUGGUUAAGUCCUGAUGGGCAGCCAUUAAUAUUGGCUAGGCAAACAAACGCCUUAAUUGGGCAGAAGCAUACUUUUGUACUUUUCGAUAAAAAAAAAAAAUUAUUUAUUGACAG